AAUAAAUAUGUGUAUAUAUAAAUAAAUCUCGGAAGCCAUCUGUUAUGUGAGUCUCACUCUUCUCUUUGGUGCCGGCACUAGUGUUUGCCGAGAGACAAAAUCUCAUUACAAUGGGGAGUGAGGUGGUAAUGGUGCAUGAAGUUCCAUUUCCUUCGCAAAUUGUCACCUCCAAACCUCUCUCUCUUAUAGGUCAAGGGAUUACAGAUAUUGAGAUCCAUUUCCUUCAAGUGAAGUUCACAGCAAUCGGAGUUUACGUAGAUUCAUCAGAUGUCGGACCACAUCUCGGAAACUGGAAAGGCAAACCGGGAAAUGCCCUCGUCGAUGACGACGAUUUCUUCCAUGCCCUCGUCUCCGCUCCUGUGGAGAAAAUCGUAAGGGUUGUGGUGAUAAAAGAGAUAAAGGGUUCGCAGUACGGAGUUCAAAUGGAGAAUGCGGUGAGAGAUCGGUUGGCGGAGGAAGACAAGUACGAGGAAGAAGAAGAAGCUGCGUUGGAGAAAGUGGUCGAGUUCUUCCAGUCAAAGUACUUCAAGAAAGACUCUCUCAUCACUUACCACUUCCCUUCUGACUCCCGCUUCUGCGAGAUAGCGUUUGCGACGGAGGGGAAAGAGGGGGCUAAGAUGAAGGUCGAGAACGCCAACGUGGCGGAAAUGAUACAGAAAUGGUAUUUAGGCGGAAGCCGGGGAGUUUCGCCGUCGACGACAGCUUCCCUCGCCGGCGCGUUGUCGGCGAUCUUGUCUUAAUCUUACGUUGUAACUUUGUGUUGUUGUCUGGUCAUAAAAUGGGACUGCGCCCGGUUAAGCUUGAACCGGGUGAUUGUUUGGUUUACUUAAAUCGGUAUGUGGUUUUGAUUGGCGAUAUCCGGUUAUCUCUCAGGCUUUUCGUUUA